AUGUGUAGGUUGGUAUUUGUGCUACUGUUUAUUCAUUUUCAUAGGACACGUGUUAAAAACAUGUUCUAUCACGCCUACAACGGUUAUCUGCAGUAUGCAUAUCCAUUCGACGAGCUGAAACCGAUUUCUUGCAAGGGAAUGGAUACCUGGGGGAGUUUCGCUUUGACGCUUGUCGAUUCUCUUGACACCCUGGUUGUGCUUGGCAACAUGAGCGAGUUUCGACGGGUGUCCGAGUUGGUGCUGAGCAAAAUAGACGUGAACGCCAACGUUAACGUGUCCGUAUUCGAAACCAAUAUCCGAGUGAUCGGUGGCCUGCUAUCCGCGCACAUGUUGUCCAAGAUGGGCGGCUUAACGGUCGAAGACGGUUGGCCCUGCAGCGGACCUUUCUUGAGGCUAGCCGAGCGGUUAGCCUGGAAACUGCUUCCAGCUUUCAACACGGACACUGGUAUGCCGUAUGGCACGAUAAAUUUGCGAUACGGCGUGCAUCGGAAGGAGACCCCGGUGACGUGCACUGCAGGCGUAGGGACGUUCUUGUUGGAGUUUGGCGCUCUUAGCCGUCUCACCGGCAAUGACUUUUUCGAGAAGAUUGCUUUAAAGGCGCUCGAGGAGUUGUGGCUUCACCGAUCGAAUCUUGGAAUGGUGGGCAAUCACAUAGACGUUAAGACUGGACAAUGGACAGCUGUCGACUCUGGAAUCGGCGCUGGCGUUGAUUCGUACUUCGAGUACCUGGUAAAGGGAGGUGCACUGUUUUCGCACGUUCGCCUUUUGAAGCAGUUCAAAGCUUACAAGGCGGUCAUUGACAAAUAUAUGAAACACGACGAUUGGUUCUUCUGGGUUUCGUCCUACUCUGGAAAGGUUUCUAUGCCGGUGUUCCAGUCGCUGGAAGCAUUUUGGCCCGGUCUGUUGACGUUGGUUGGCAAUAUUGAAGAAGCCAGACGAAUCAUGGUGAAUUAUUACAGUGUAUUACGGAACUACGGAUUUCUGCCUGAAUUUUUCAACAUUCCGCAGAUGGACCCCGUUCAUAAGCGUAGCGGCUAUCCGCUUCGGCCAGGUAAUCUCGUUUACUUGUAUCGAGCGACUGAAGACCCUUUGUUGCUCCAGAUUGGAGCCGAAAUGAUUGAGGCAAUAGAUCAUGCGACGAAAGCUAAAUGUGGAUACGCAACGGUUCACAACGUUGCUACACAUUCGCUUGAGGACCGGAUGGAAUCGUUCUUUCUUGCCGAAACGACCAAGUAUCUCUACUUGUUGUUCGACCCGGAUAAUUUCUUGCACAAUUCGGGCGAAGAGGGUACGAUGAUCAGCGGUCCUUUUGGAAACUGCGUGAUCAAUUCAGGAGGUUAUGUUUACAACACGGAGGCGCACCCGCUCGAUCCUUCCAUUUUGUACUGCUGUAGUUCCAAGCGACAAAAGGAGUUCCAAACGUUGGCUUAUUUGGAGGAUAAACUCGACGUUAUAUCAUUGCUAGACAUACGAAACGAACCGACAGUCAAACAUCCCGUAGAAACCGAGGCUUUCCAAGUCCUGACAACCGUAAAGAACGAUAAGUAG